GUGUCUUGGCUUUUUAAUCCAACAAGAAGUGAAAUAACAAGUCUAGAUAGUGGAAAUAUAGAUGACAUUUUAAACAAUGCAGAUGUUGCUUUAGUUAAUUUUUACGCCGAUUGGUGCCGCUUCAGCCAAAUGCUGCAUCCUAUUUUUGAGGAAGCUUCUAAUGUAAUUAAGGAAGAAUAUCCAGAUAAGAAUCAAGUGGUGUUUGCUAGAGUAGACUGUGAUCAGCAUUCGGACAUAGCUCAGAGAUACAGGAUAAGCAAAUACCCAACCCUUAAACUCUUCCGGAAUGGAAUGAUGAUGAAGAGAGAAUACAGGGGCCAGAGAUCUGUGACAGCAAUAGCAGAUUAUAUCAGGCAGCAGAAGAGUAACCCUGUUCGGGAGGUCCAGGAUUUGGAAGAAAUUAGUUCUCUUGAUCGCAACAGAAGAAAUAUUGUUGGGUACUUUGAGCAAAAGGACUCUGACAAUUACAGAACCUUUGAAAGAGUAGCGAAUAUUUUGCAUGAUGAUUGUGUAUUCCUGUCUGCCUUUGGGGCUAUUUCAAAAGCAGAGAGAUUUAGCGGAGACAAUGUAAUCUACAAGCCACCAGGGGAAAAUGCUCCAGAUAUGGUAUAUUUAGGCUCGCUAACCAAUUUUGAUUUAAUUUAUGCAUGGACACAAGAUAAAUGUGUACCGCUAGUUCGAGAAAUUACGUUUGAAAAUGGAGAG